CUACGCAAUGUAUGAGUUUAAGAACCACGCUCAACUACGCAAAAUACGUAAUUGAACAGCGGCGUUCGCUUCAUUGAAAACACUGCAGGAAGAUACAGGGCGGUAACGACGACGUUAUUUUUGUUAUCGGGACCAACACUAAGCAGCGUCCUUAUGAGAUAAGUGCAUCUUAGCAACAGUAUUUUAAAACAACAAAAAGGUGUGUCACUCUACCAUUAAAAAGGGCAAUAAUCCAAGUGAAGUGAAAUGGCUGUACGGAGAGUCACGCAGGAAACAUUCGAUGCUGCGGUUAAGGAAAACAUCGACGAGUUCGAGAUGGAGCCCGACGAGGCUUUGAGGGAAGCUGUGGAGCAAUUUCAGUCCCAAGGUGUGGAUCUGAAUUGUAUUGUAAAAGCUGUACCUGCUGUGCCAUCCAAUGAUAACCAACACAAGGAAACCCAUGAGGUCUUACAGGCUUUAGAGUCCCUCCGUAUCGCAAAAGACUCUACUGACGUUACAAAAACGGCAGCAGAUCUAAAGUGGUUCACGGAGCAAUGUCUACUUGGGUUUGCUCAAAGGUACCUGGCGGCCCAAAAAGAUGCAUACCCUAUCAUCCUCUCCUACUGUAAAAAGAGUGUGGGAGAGAAGGAAGCGGCGCUGGGCGCUCUGUGCGCCCUGGCCGCGCUGACCGACGGUCAGCCGGACUUGUUUGACACCGACGGACUAUGUUUCCUUUUGGACGCUCUCAAGAAGCACAGGACCGAUGGAGCUGUGACACGAGCCGCCAUCUGCGCUGUGCGUCACUGCUGUUUGAAACAUGAGCAGAACAGACAGAAUUUGGUCAAAGCGGGCAUCCUGCCGCUGCUGACCGGUGCUGUCAAACAGCACAGCGGCUGUGCCGAGGUGGUCAAGGAGGCAUCUGCGGCUCUCAGGGUCAUGACCUUCGACGACGACGUCCGGGUUACAUUUGGGCAUGCUCAUGAGCACGCCAAGAGUAUUGUUCUCGAGCACAACGGGUUGAAGGUCCUAAUAGAGUCAGCCAAAGCUCAUAACGACAAUGUGUCUGUCUUGGGUGAGCUGUGUGCCACUUUGUCCCGUCUGGCCGUCAGGAACGAGUUCUGCCAGGACAUCUGUGACCUGGGGGGGCUUAAACUUAUGAUGACGAUGCUUGCAGACAGCUUCGAGUCACCGGAGUUGAUUCGGCAGGUCCUGAGCGGAAUAAGAGCAGUCGCUGGAAACGAUGACGUGAAAGAUGCCGUUGUUAAAGCGGGUGGAGUCCAGCUCGUCGUCGUCGUCAUGAACAAACACCAAACGAACGCUGCUGUGUGUGAGCAGGGCUGCGCGUGCCUUUCUGUCCUUGCUUUACGUAAACCCAACAACUGCGAGGUCAUCAUGGAGGAAGGAGGCGCCUUAGCUGCUGUGCAGGCUAUGAAGACUCACAGUUGUGCUGUUAAUGUGCAGAAACAGGCAUGCAUGCUGUUGAGGAACCUGGUUUCGCGGCAGCCCAACUACAGCCAACCUAUUUUGGACAUGGGAGUGGAGCCCCUCAUAGCGCAGGCACUACGGACCCAUCAAGACUGCGGAGACAUUGCUAAAGCUGCUCUCAGGGAUCUCGGCUGCAAGGUGGAGCUGCGAGAGCUGUGGACUGGCAAACAUGGCGGCAUCACCAACUGAAAAGAGUGGUGCAGGAGUACUUAUUGUAAAAUGUAUUGUAUUCAAUCAAACAAAACCCAAUCUGAGAUCAAGUGGUUUUGCAGGUAAGACUAAUGAGAACAGUUACAGUACAAUGGCUUUUCAGUUAAACCUAUUGUUUUAUGUUUUUUAAAAGUUUUAAUCCUUAGAAUGGUAAAAAAAAUCCCAAUACCAAAGGUCAUGCUAACUAUGUAAUAUGAUCAAAUUGUGACCAAGCAAUUGUAUGAUCUACUUCAGGGGUGUCAAAAUCUACUCCCAAGUGGGCCGGACUGGUAAAAUCACGGCAAGAUAACUUAAAAAAAAAAACAACUCCAGAUUUAUUUCUUUGUUUAAAAAUAGAACAAGCACAUUCUGAAAUUGUACAAUUAAUAAUGUUGUUGUUGGUUUUUUUUUUACACUUACAUGUUGCGGUUAAUAGUAAUGAAUCUAUAUUUGUCGUUAUUUCUAUUUUCUGAGUAAAUGAUGUGAUAAUGUUCAUCAGUCAACUAAUUGGUGUUAAUUUUCAAACUAUCAAGAUAAAAAAAUUAUAUAAAAAUCAAAUUACAGGAUGUUAUUUAUAUAGUUUGAUCGUUUUCCUUGACUAAUGUACUAACAUCAUGUGGUUUAUUUUGUACAUACCUAGCAUCACAUACAAAGAAUUGCUAUUGCGACAUCCAGUGGACACACUUAGAACAACUGUGUCUUUCAUUCAAAAAUUUCAGGUUAAUUAUUAUACUUGGCAAACUCAUCCCACGGGCCAGACAAAAUCUGUUUGCGGGCCUGAUCCGGCCCUCGGGCCUUACGUUUGACACCCCUGAUCAACUUAAUAAAACUCUACUCAUGUGCAUUCGAGGCUACAAAACAUCAUCUAUACACUAUACUUUCUUCCUUGCCUGACUCAGUGUUUUUUUUCCAAUAUUUGACUAAAGUCUAAAAAAGUUAUUAAUGCACAAUCAUUCUGCACUCUGCAAAGUGCAUUGUUUUUUUAACACACUUGUCUAGUUUGUUACAACAUUCCCCUGUAAACAUAAUGUUGCAUGGUUCAUUUCUGGAUGGAUUUUUCUUUAAAAAGUCAUGCACUGGGCUGCUAAAAAGUUGGAGCGUGUGAUUAAACUGAAAUGGUAAGCUAAAAUAAAUGAAUCUAUGAUAUGAAA